CCCACGUACCCCCUUAUGAACCCCGCUCUCCGCCCCAAAAUUUGCCCCUAAUCUUGGAUUUCACUUGUCCUUUCCUAUAAUACAGUUCGAUUCCUUGUACAAAACAAUGACCACUUCUUGCAUUACCCCAGAAAACUUCAUAGAUCACUUCACUUCUUGAAUUUUCAUCUGUUUUUUAUUUUCUUUUUGGAUUCUUGAUUUCACCUUCCAUUGAUUCAUUUCUGGUUAGUUUUCGCCGGUCCUUUUCUUUAAUAUUUUGUAUUUUGAUUUCUUGAUGUGCAGAUUAUAUACAAAGAUUAGAUUUUUACUGCAAAAUAGCCCAAGAAAAGGUGUUACUUGCUAAAUCUUGAACUGGUAUUUUCUUGAAUGUGCUGAAAAUGAGGGAUUUACCAUCUUGUUUCGGUGAAAAUGGGGUUCAAGUUGCUGAUGCCUCUUGUUCAAGUGUAGGUCUGAGUAAAGCCUCUCAAAAUUUGGUUACUUGCAUAUACAAAUGUAAAUUGCUAGGUAAAUCUUAUUUGAUUAACAUUAUUUGGAGCAAGAAUAUGAUGGGUCAAUGCCUUACAAUUGAAAUUGAAGAUCUAUAUCAUAAUUGCUUAUGCAAAGUUGAUGUGAAGCCAUCUUUGUUUACAAAAAGAAAGGGUUCAAAGUGUUUAGAGGUCUAUUCAUGUAAAAUUGAAGUGUUUUGGGAUCUUUCUUUAGCAAAAUUCGGAUCUGGGCCAGAGCCUGUGGAGGGUUAUUACAUAGCAAUUGUUUGUAAGAUGGAGAUGGUUUUGGUAAUUGGGGAUCUAAGGAAAGAAGCAUUCAAGAAAACUAGUUCAAUUCCUUCCUUUUCCAGUGCAAUACUUGUUUCCAGAAGGGAACAUAUUUUUGGAAAGAAAGUUUAUGUUACUAAGGCACAAUUCAGUGAUAAUGGAAAGGUUCACGAUGUGAAAAUCGAGUGCGAUGGAAGUAAUGAUGCUUGCCUUGUGAUUCGUAUUGACACGAAACCCGUUAUGCAGGUGAAGAAUCUCAGGUGGAAAUUUAGGGGAAAUUACACCAUUUUGGUUGAUGGACUUCCAGUGGAAAUCUUUUGGGAUGUCCAUAAUUGGUUAUUUGGUCCGGGUUUAGGAAAUGCAGUUUUCAUGUUUCAAACUUGUUGGUCAGCCGAGAAUCUUUGGUCUAGCCAAACGUUGUCUGAUCACUCCAUAUUCUCUUUGAGCUGCUCCGAUAGUUUCAUGCAAUCAAAGUUACCAGGUCCUAGUUUUUCUCUGUUCUUGUAUGCUUGGAAGAAUGAAUAAAUAUGUAUUCUUCCUUGGUAUCUAACAAUAUCUUUUCAGUAGAAAUUUUUUUCCCAAUGCUUUUAUUGAGUUAUAUACUUAUAUCCAAUCAAUAUGAAGUUCUGUUUA